GCGGGUCCGCGGCUGCGUGGGUCGGCCGCCGGCCGGCUGGGCAGGGCGCGGGAGGUCAAUGGGGGUCGCCUCGACCUCGACUUCACUCUAGCUCAGCUUCAGUAAAGCGGACCGAGAUGAUGCCCUGGGUGCGGGCGGUAGGGGAGAAGCUGAAGCAGCGGCUGCGGCUGGACGUGGGGCGCGAGGUCUGUCGCCAAUAUCCGCUGUUUUGCUGCCUGCUGCUCUGCCUCAGCGCCGCCUCCCUGCUCCUCAACAGGUAUCUUCAUGUUUUAUUGAUCUUCUGGUCAUUUGUUGCUGGAGUUGUCACGUUCUACUGCUCAUUAGGACCUGAUUCUCUCUUACCAAAUAUAUUCUUCACAAUAAAACAUAAACCGAAGCAGUCAGGACUUCAAGAACUAUUUCCUCAAGGUCGUAGCUGUGCUGUUUGUGGUAAAGUGAAAUGUAAACGACAUAGGCCUGCCUUGCUGCUUGAAAACUACCAACCAUGGCUAGACCUGAAAAUUUCUUCCAAGGUUGAUGCAUCUCUUUCAGAGGUUCUUGAAUUAGUGUUGGAAAAUUUUGUUUAUCCAUGGUACAGGGAUGUUACAGACGAUGAUUCCUUUGUUGAUGAACUGAGAAUUACAUUACGUUUCUUUGCAUCUGUUUUAAUACGAAGAAUCCACAAGGUGGAUAUUCCAUCUAUUAUAACCAAGAAGUUAUUAAAAGCCGCAAUGAAGCAUAUAGAAGUGAUAGUUAAAGCCAAUAAGAAAGAGGAAGAAGAGCUUGACAGGAUAAAGUAUUCUGGGUUGGCAUUUGGUGUCUUAGAAUCCCUGACCUUACUUUUAAGAGAAAUCCUCUCUGGUUCAGUGUUCCUUCCUUCUUUGGAUUUCCUGGCAGAUCCGGAUACUGUGAAUCAUUUACUUCUCAUCUUCAUGGAUAAAAGUCCACCUGAAAAAGCAACUGAACCACCUUCCCCUUUGGUUCCAUUCUUACAAAAAUUUGCAGAACCCAGAAAUAAAAAGCCAUCUGUGCUGAAAUUAGAAUUGAAGCAAAUCAGGGAGCAACAAGAUCUUUUAUUUCGUUUUAUGAACUUUCUGAAACAAGAAGGAGCGGUGCAUGUGUUGCAAAUUUGUCUGACUGUGGAGGAAUUCAAUGAUAGAAUUUUACGACCUGAGUUAUCAAAUGAUGAAAUGAUGUCUCUUCAUGAGGAGUUGCAGAAGAUUUAUAAAACAUAUUGUUUGGAUGAAAGUAUUGACAAAAUUCGAUUUGAUCCCUUCAUUGUAGAAGAGAUUAAAAAAAUUGCUGAAGGACCUUAUAUAGAUGUUGUGAAACUUCAAACUAUGAGAUGUCUUUUUGAAGCAUACGAGCAUGUACUUUCUCUUUUGGAGAAUGUAUUUACUCCUAUGUUCUGCCAUAGUGAUGAGUAUUUCAGACAACUUUUAAGAGGUGCAGAAUCACCAACACGCAAUUCAAAAUUCAACAGAGGUAGCCUAAGUUUGGAUGAUUUUCGGAGCACACAGAAAAGAGGAGAAUCAUUUGGAAUCAGCAGAAUAGGUAGCAAAAUUAAAGGAGUAUUCAAGAGCACUACAAUGGAGGGAGCUAUGUUGCCUAAUUAUGGUUUAACUGAAGGUGAAGAUGACUUUAUUGAAGAAGGUAUUGUUGUAAUGGAAGAUGAUUCACCAGUGGAAGCUGUGAGCACGCCUACUACUCCCCGAAACCUUGCUGCAUGGAAAAUUAGUAUUCCAUAUGUAGAUUUUUUUGAAGAUUCCUCAUCUGAAAGAAAGGAGAAAAAGGAGAGAAUACCUGUGUUUUGUAUUGAUGUUGAAAGAAAUGAUAGAAGAGCAGUUGGACAUGAGCCUGAACAUUGGUCUGUUUAUAGAAGAUACCUUGAAUUCUAUGUACUUGAAUCAAAACUAACAGAAUUUCAUGGCACAUUUCCUGAUGCCCAGCUUCCUUCCAAGAGGAUCAUUGGCCCUAAAAAUUAUGAAUUCUUAAAGUCAAAGAGAGAAGAGUUUCAGGAAUAUCUACAGAAACUUUUGCAGCAUCCAGAACUGAGUAAUAGUCAACUUCUAGCAGAUUUUCUCUCCCCCAAUGGGGGAGAAACACAAUUUCUUGAUAAGAUACUACCAGAUGUUAAUCUUGGAAAAAUUAUAAAGUCUGUUCCUGGAAAACUUAUGAAAGAGAAAGGCCAGCAUUUGGAACCUUUCAUCAUGAAUUUCAUUAAUUCUUGUGAAUCUCCAAAACCUAAGCCAAGUAAACCAGAACUGACCAUUCUCAGCCCUACUUCAGAAAACAACAAGAAGCUUUUCAAUGAUCUGUUUAAGAACAAUGCAAAUCGUGCUGAGAAUGCAGAGAGAAAGCAAAAUCAGAAUUACUUUAUGGAGGUGAUGACUGUAGAAGGCAUCUAUGACUACCUGAUGUACCUGGGACGGGUGGUUUUCCAAGUUCCUGAUUGGCUUCAUCAUCUCUUAAUGGGUGCUCGAAUUCUCUUUAAAAAUACUCUUGAAAUGUAUACUGAGUACAAUCAUCAGCAUAAACUAGAACAGCUAUUUCAGGAGCACCGUUUAGUGUCACUCAUAACACUUCUCAGAGAUGCUGUAUUCUGUGAAAACACUGAACCUCGUUCUCUCCAAGAUAAGCAAAAACGAGCAAAACGGACUUUCGAAGAAAUGAUGAACUACAUGCCAGAUCUUAUGGUCAAGCUUAUUGGUGAAGAAGCCAAGUAUGAAGGCAUCAGACUUCUGUUUGAUGGCUUACAGCAACCAGUUCUCAACAAGCAGCUGACUUAUGUUUUAUUGGAUAUUGUUAUACAAGAACUGUUUCCUGAGCUAAAUAAGGUACAAAAGGAAGUUACCUCUGUGACGUCGUGGAUGUAAACAUUGGAUUUGGUUGAAAUUUCUGCUAAGUGGAUAUGUACUUUCUUUCCUUUUAUAAAUUUUGUAUAUUAUUGUAUGUAUCAUGUAAUUCAGUGUCGGGAAUUUUGAUUUUUUUUUGUUCUAAUAAAGACUAAUACAAA